AUGCUGCACUUUUACUUUUCAGCUCGCAUAGAAUUCCACCUAACUUGUUGCACUACUCUCCUUACCGUCGAUGUCUUCAUUCUGCAUCUCCCGCUUACCUCAGAGCUUGGACUUUCAACAGAUUCCCCCGUCUUUCGGAGGGGACAAGCCCUCCUCCCUGUGCCACUUUUAUCUCGGUGGCUUGGUCCCUCGGACAAACUGCUGGUCUGUCCACAUGAGCACCUUAAGCCUCCUCCUGGUCAAGGUACUGUACAUGUGGUAUCUGGUCGGUACACUUACAAGCAUUAUCUGCAGGAUGAAGUGGAUGAUAAAGGGUGGGGAUGCGCUUAUCGGUCCCUUCAAACUCUCAUCUCUUGGCUUAUGUGGCAAGGUGAAGUGGAAGCCAAGCGGAUUCCCACUCUGACCGAGAUUCAGACCUCCCUGGUUCGUUUGGGGGACAAGUCAAAGGCGUUUAUCGGUUCACAUCAAUGGAUUGGAUCGGUCGAGGUCAGUUUCUGCCUGCAAGAGAUGUAUAACAUUCAGUGCAGAUUGUUACCGGUGUCUCGCGGCGCCGAGUUGAGUCGCACCGCAACCACGAUGCUUGCACAUCACUUCGCAUCUGGUGGAGGUCCAGUGAUGAUCGGUGGUGGUCAACUAGCGCACACAAUCAUCGGUGUACAGGUUCCGAAGGAACCGGUGCUGAAUUCACCCAAUAGUAAAGCAUCCACUCCACGUUUUCUCAUCCUGGACCCGCAUUUCACUGGCCCUUCUGGGGACUUAAAGGUCGUCUUGGCCAAAGGUUGGUGCGGUUGGAAGGACCAAUCGUUUUGGAGGCAAGAUACCUACUAUAAUUUGUGUUUUUUGCCUGCUAUUCAACCUGGAUGUGUUUGAACAUUCUUCCAGCGACUGAAUUUUUUUUACCGCUGGAGCGCUUUUUGCAUAUUUUUAUGCAAUUCAUGCCCAUUGAGAUUGCAUUCAAACAUCAUUUUUCGAACUUUGCCUUUGAUUUGUUGUAUUUGUGAUUAUCUCCUUGGUUGUGCUGCUUUGCUUGUGUGGAUACAAAGUUUCUUACUGGCGGUGUUUUCAUGGUAAACCAACAUAUAAGCUCCGUGGCCCAAGAGCGCAGCACAUUGUACUGGUUUACUAUUUACUCCGUAAUCUCACAUGUGACCAGAAGGCCCAACAUGAGAACCACCACCCAGUAAAACAAGGCCGUAC